GUGUGUGUGUGUUGUUAUCGUUCCAGCCCAGCUUAUAUCUUUUUCAGCUUCCUUUCCUGUCCUCUAGAUCUAGGUUUGUGUGUGUGUGUGUGUUGCAAGUGUUGCAAGUAUAGGCUACCUAUCUUGAUAUCGUUACAGCACAUGUCUUAUUCAACUUCCUAUCAUGUCGUCUAGAUCUUGAUGUGUGUAUGUGUGUGUGUCCUACAAGAUGUGCCCUCCAUUGUUUUCACUAUAUUAUGUAGCUCACGGAACAAUAUGUGGAAAUGAGUAUAAGAAAUCCCGUACUUGCGGGCCACUCAGCAACUCAGGACGGGUGCAGUUACCAGACGUGGCCGGGGCUGGCGGUAGCAAUUUUUGGCAGUUGUCUGCUGCACGGCGCCUUGGCAGGAUGGGGUGUGACGCGUUAAUUCCGGGGCUCGGGGAUUUCGAGUAUGUUUUGACUGUUGUGGGCCUCUUGUCGCUGAUUAAGUUCCUCGCGCAAUUCCUGUGGGCGGUGGGGGACGGGGUGAGGACGCACUUCUGGUCCAGGCUGUGGCGGAAGCGUCUGGUGGAGGACUACGGCAAGUGGGCAGUGGUGACGGGCAGCACAGAUGGCAUUGGGAAGGAGUAUGCCAAGGAGCUGGCCAAGAGGGGCAUGAAUGUGGUCCUUAUAUCCCGCUCCAUGGAUAAGCUGCAAAAAGUCUCCACAGAAAUUGCCCAAGAGUUCGGGGUAGAGACAGAGGUGGUGCAGGCAGACUUUAUGCAUGGCCGCCCAAUUUAUGAAGACAUUGCCAAACACCUGCAGGACAAGGAAAUUGGAAUCUUGGUGAAUAAUGUGGGAGUAAUGCUUUCCCAUCCAAUGGAGUUUGAGUUGGCCUCAGAGAAGGACAUAUGGAGCCAUGUUAACGUUAAUGUGGCCUCAGUGCCAGCAAUGUCCAAGCUGGUGUUGCCAGGAAUGCUGAGCCGUGGCAAAGGUGCCGUGGUCAAUGUGGCUUCCAUUGCUGGUUUCCACCCCAUACCACUCAUGGGUAUCUACGCAGCUAGCAAGGCUUUUGUUGACUACUUGUCCCAGGCCAUGGAGUGGGAGUACCGUGGCUCUGGCAUCAUUAUGCAGACCCUCACACCUGCCUAUGUCUCUACAAACAUGACCAAGUUCUCUGAGCUUGUUCAUAAACCUGGCCUCCUUAUUCCCACUGCAUCAACUUAUGCUGCAAGUGCCAUUAACACCCUGGGCUAUGCUCGACGCAGUGCUGGCUACUGGCCACAUGGUAUUCAAACUUACUUGGUGGAGAACUAUAUUAACUCAUGGAUGUUCAUGCUUGGCAACCACAUGUGGAACUCUCUUCUCUUGCGCACCAUGAAGAAGAAUCAGGCCACGAGCCGAGGGUAGCAAGUGCCAGUGUGUCCAGGUGUUAUUGCAAGGCUGGGUGGAGCACCUUGGACGUGUCUCUCAUAGUUGCUCUCUCCUCUGCCUUCCUCACUUCUAAGUUAUCUGAACAUUACAGUUGGCUCUUGGUAAAUAAUGGGUUGAAGGAGUUAAGCUUGUGUUUGUAGGAUCCCUUAUACUUUGCUGAUAGGAUUAGCAGGUAUACUACCUUAUGAUAAAUAUGAGACAGCCUUCCUCUUAACAUAUAUUAAUUAAUAAGCUAUGCAUUUCAACCAUUAUAAUCUUCU